CAAACACAACACAGCUGUUUGGUCCACCAGUAGAAUUUAGGAAAAAAAAAAACAGCGAUAACUCGUGUAUUAAAUCUUUUUGCUAUUCUUAAAUACGCAGAAGAUGAAAUCAGCCCAGAGCACUCACCGCGAAGGUUAUCCAUUUCCGGGCAAAUACACCGUGCAGUUCAAAUAUUUCAAGUUCAAUCCCAAAUUGAGAACAACCAAACGGCAAACGGAUCAGCCGCUGGUGAUAGUGAAUCCAGAGAAGAAGGAGUGUGCUCUUUCGAUAGCUCCUUCGGAUUGCGAGCAACCCGUCAGGUAUUCGGAACAAGACAAUAUUCAAAACAAACAUGAAACUUGCCCUAAAAGAACUUGUCCGACGUGUGGCAAGGCGGUAAAGGAUCUGAAAUCUCAUACCUUAAUUCACACCGAUUCGAAAAACUUUCCGUGUAGUUUCUGUGGCAAGGAGUUUACCUAUAAAAGUGAUCGGACUUUGCAUGAGAACAUUCACAAAGGGCUGAAACCGUACAAAUGUACUCAAUGUUCGAGCUCGUUCGCCCACCGGAAAUCAUUGCUUACGCAUAAGGUAACUCACAGUAAAUCGCGCAACUACAAGUGUGUUAUAUGCGGUAAAACUUACGGUCAUCUAAUUAUUCUAAAGAAGCAUCUAGCAGCGCACAACAAUGAUCGGCGAUUCAAGUGCUCCGUUUGUGACAAGGCUUUUUUGACAAAACAAGUUCUCCAAAACCACAUGCUUGUGCACAGCAAUGACCGUCCCCAUGGGUGCCACAUCUGUCCGAAACGAUUUCGCAGAAUUGAUAAUUUAAGGACACACUUGAAAAUCCACAAUCAAGAGACUACCGAAGUGGUGUCUCAUCCUAAUCGGGAUGCUGCAGAUGAUGAUACCGUCUUUGUAGAUAUUGACCAAACCGACAGCCAACCGGGCGGAGCGCUAACACUCGAGCCGUACUUCUCGCGAUCGGAAAUUGAAGUUCCAGAGGAGUUUGGUUCGAUGAAUCAGCAGUCCUACACCGAAGAAAGUUACGAAGAUCAGUUGGAUCGAUUGGUUGGAGGGGAGAGCUAUUCGCUGUCAUGGGAAAAUGAUGGGUAUCAAUUCUAGUGAUGAUACGUGUUUGACCCAUGGUGUAUCAAUCACAAAAGCUAAUCGUUUUUCUAGUAAACGUUGAGUAAGGGAAACGUUAGGGUUGGAUGCUAUCGGAACUUAUAACUGAGCAUCUUAACGAUGUAUGGUAAGCCGAAGAAGUCAUCGACGUACCAUCCAGCGAACGCCAUGGCUUUGGCCGCUAUCAGGAACGUAACGAUUCAUCGCUGCAUUGUCAUAGCCGACAACUUCAAAGCAAACAAACGCUGUCCAAUCAACUAUCGAUAAGAGAACAGGCGCUGCUUCGCGGAGUGUAUGGUAUAAAAGGUGCUCCAGCGAUGACCAGUUCAGGUAUCGGUGAUUUUUAUAGCGCCGAAAGAUAAAUUUUCCACCAAAUUCGAUUGUGGAAAUUAAACCAAUCUUCCGACGCUUCGAAAAUUCUUACCUCAAUUCACGUCAGGAAUACCAUUUUCCUCUUGGUAUAUUUCCUCGUAUAAUUAAUAUGUAAGCAAGAAAAAAUACGAAAUAGUAUCAAUAAAAUUCUGAAAACAAUCAGAAUCGUUUGAAAAAACAA